GGCGAUGGGGGCAGGUGCCGCGGGCCGCGCCAUGGACGGGCCGCGCCUGCUGCUGCUGCUGCUCCUCGGGGUGUCCCUCGGAGGUACCAAGGAGGCAUGCUCCACAGGCCUGUAUACCCAUAGUGGUGAGUGCUGCAAAGCCUGCAACCUGGGCGAGGGUGUAGCCCAGCCUUGUGGAGACAAUCAGACCGUGUGUGAGCCCUGCCUGGACAGCGUGACGUUCUCCGACGUGGUGAGCGCCACCGAGCCGUGCAAGCCGUGCACCGAGUGCGUGGGCCUGCAGAGCAUGUCGGCGCCCUGCGUGGAGGCCGACGACGCCGUGUGCCGCUGCGCCUACGGCUACUACCAGGACGAGGACACCGGCCGCUGCGAGGCGUGCCGCGUGUGCGAGCCGGGCUCGGGCCUCGUGUUCUCGUGCCAGGACAAGCAGAACACCGUGUGCGAGGAGUGCCCCGACGGCACCUACUCCGACGAGGCCAACCACGUGGACCCCUGCCUGCCCUGCACCGUGUGCGAGGACACCGAGCGUCAGCUGCGCGAGUGCUCGCGCUGGGCCGACGCCGAGUGCGAGGAGAUCCCUGGCCGCUGGAUUACACGGUCAACACCCCCGGAGGGCUCAGACAGCACAGCCCCCAGCACCCAGGAGCCCGAGGUGCCUCCAGAACAAGACUUUGUAUACAGCACGGUGGCAGAUGUGGUGACUACAGUGAUGGGCAGCUCCCAGCCUGUGGUGACCCGAGGCACCACCGACAACCUCAUCCCCGUCUACUGCUCCAUCCUGGCCGCUGUUGUUGUGGGCCUCGUGGCCUACAUCGCCUUCAAGAGGUGGAACAGCUGCAAGCAGAACAAGCAAGGAGCCAACAGCCGGCCGGUGAACCAGACGCCCCCACCCGAGGGAGAAAAACUGCACAGCGACAGCGGCAUCUCUGUGGACAGCCAGAGCCUGCAUGACCAGCAGCCCCACACACAGACGGCCUCAGGCCAGGCCCUCAAGGGUGACGGAGGCCUCUACAGCAGCCUGCCCCCAGCCAAGCGGGAGGAGGUGGAGAAGCUGCUCAAUGGCUCUGCGGGGGACACCUGGCGGAACCUGGCGGGUGAGCUGGGCUACCAGCCCGAGCACAUAGACUCCUUCACCCAUGAGGCCUGCCCCGUCCGUGCCCUGCUUGCCAACUGGGCUGCCCAGGACAGCGCAACGCUCGAUGCCCUCCUGGCUGCCCUGUGCCGCAUCCAACGAGCUGACAUUGUUGAGAGCCUGUGCAGCGAGUCCACGGCCACGUCCCCGGUGUGAGCCAACCUGGGGAGCCCCUGCCCUACCCCCACAUUCCGAUGACUGAUGCUCCAGCCAACCCCCAUGGGGCCUGUCCCUCCCCUUGGCAUGGGCCAGCCUGUCACAGCUGAGCUCCUCUGGGUAGGGCCUCAGAGUCCAGGCCCCCAAACCACAGCCCUGUCACUGCACCUCGUGUGGCCCCUUUGCUUCUGAUCAUACUCCCUCUCCUUCGAGAGAAGUGUCCUCCCUGCCUCCACACCCUGCCCCUGCCCCGUCAUUAUCUCAGGCCUCUGCUCCCUUCUCCCACACUGCUGGUGGGUCAGCCCCUCCCACCUUAGCAGGUGUCAUAUCUGGGGGGCUGACACCAGGGAUGGUAUUGGGGCCAGUGACGAGGCCCCAGGGACUCAGAGGGAGGUACUGAGGAACCAGAGCCAUGGACUCUACACUGUGAACUUGGGGGACAAGGGAGCAUCAUAGUGGCCUAAAACCUCCCUCAGUACCCCUCGCCCCUUCCCUCUGGCCUAAGAAGGAAAGGAUCAGAGGCCUGUCAGAGCCAGAAGGAGGUUUUGGAACCCAGUCCACCCCCCACUUUAGGUACAGAACAGUGAGGCUCAGAGAGAGGCCGUGAUUUGCCCAAAGCCACCCUGCUAUGGAGAGGCCUAAUGGAGGCUGGCAUCUCUCUAAAUGAGGGGUCUCAGGUUUGCUUGAGGGCUGGGGAGGGAGACCAGGUGACCUCCUGGGAAAUGUCUUGAGGCCAAGUCCACUGCAUCCCCCACCAUCUCCAGCCCCUGUCCAACCCCUGUGGAGAUGGGAGACGUGUCCAAGUCCUGGUCCAUUGAUCCACCAUGAAGUCAGGUUCGGGUUUUGUGGAAAAGGGUGCUGCUCCCCUCUGCCUGUCUCCCUCAGGCAUGUCCGUGUGGCAUCUGUCGCAUGGCCCUGGACUGUUGGUGCCUCCGCCCCAGCACAGACCUGAAGCUAACACUAGCCCCUAGAAUCAGCCCUAGGGGUCAGGGCCUAAGGACCCCCCACCCUGCAACACACACACACAGGCAUGCACACACACACACGCACAUACACCCAUGCACGCACACGCACACACACAGGAUGAGAUAUCUUGCUUUUUUUCACGAGUUCCUUCUCUUGGACUGAGACUGGAUCCUGCCCGGGGCAGCUGCCAGAGAAGCAUCGGAGGGAAAUGAGCUCUGCUGGGGCUGUCUUCCCUCGCCCCCGGGUUUGGCCAGCCAAGGACCGCUGAGGCUUGAGCUGGCGUCUGUCUUCCAAGGGCUUGCACGUGGAGGAAUGCUCCUGCCAUCCUCCCCUCCCUGCAAGCACUGGUUUGGCUGGGCCCAGAAGGUUCCAAUGAAGAAAAGUGGGCCAGUGUGGGAAUACAGCAAGAAGGAACUGAGUUAGACUGUGGCCUGAAGGAGGUGUCUCCCAAGUUUAGAGGCCCCUGCGAUAAACUUUUUUCCUUAGCUUGUCCAGAAAGGGGCCAUGAAGUCUCAGUGGCGUUUCCACCCUCUCCCUGGCCUUUUUGUUUUGCUUGAUGUUGGAAUGAGUGUGGCGCCCCGGGGCUAUUUAGCAUGAAUGAGCCCCAGGCAGGGAGUGUGCUGACAGCCACCCCUCCCCACCCAGGGUUCUCCCAACCCUGUAUAAGGGACUAGGAGCAUUGUAUGUAGAUGACAUUUCUCUGACCUCAAUCUGUGAUGAGAGGAGGAAACUCACCUGCUGGCCCCUCACCUGUGGCACCUAGGGAGUGGGACAGAGUCAAGUGUAUUUAUUUUCCUCCCCAGCAGGUGGGGAGGGGGUUGGGGUGUUGCAAGUAUGUUUCAGCAUGUGUUUGGUUCUGGGGCCCUUCCGCCUCCCUUUGGGCUGAGAUGGAACCCUUUUGGCCCCCCAGCUGGGGGCUGCGAGCUCCAGACCCCCAUAACCCUGUCACCCCCACUCCUUGCAUCCUGUGUAAUCAUUUCUUGGGCCUCCUGAAACCUACACAUAAAACAUAAGUGAUGAACAUUAAACAGCAAAGAAAGAAAAAUAGUGCACAGAGAUUUUCUGGAAAUACACGUGGUUUGAGUUGGUUGGGAUCAUGUAUGCAGCAGGGACCCAGGUAUAAUUUCCAACUCAGUGAGUUCUUAUCCUAUUUCCCCAC